CAGGAACAAUACUGGCUUCAGAUUUCAUUGGGCUUGUGCCAUUUCCUGAUCUGUUUAUUGCAAUAAGUGCCAUAACUUUUUUAAUUUACGCAGUGAAGACAGAAGAACGGGAGCUUGGCAAACCACCAGACUUAAAGAGUAAAAUAAUCAGUUAAGAUGUCUAACAGAGAUUCUGAAUCUUCUCAAUCAAAGAGGAGAAAAACAGAAGAUGGAAGUAGGCUUAUCCUGAACCGCAUGUAUUUCAGAAUCAGUAAUGUUUUUAUACGUACUGUUGGGAAAAUUAUUAUGCCUUUGGUACCAGCACAUUCAUCUGUUAAGACAAUAAGAGAGCUAAGAGGUGCAGAGUUUGAAGAAACAAUUUCAAAAACACUGAGACAAUUUGGGAUAAAUGUAAGACAAUUUUACGCAGGAAGCAUUACCAUUGAAGCUGAAUUGCAGAUGCAGCAAUCUGCCAUGAAUAUAAAUGUUGCUAUAGCAAAGAUGAAGUCUGAAAUGAAGAAAAUAGUAGCAGUAGACAGUUUUAGAAUAAAACAUGUAAAUAAACAAGAUUUUCAUUCACCAGAGCCAAAAGUUCAAGCCAUGGACCUUGCCAUACAUACCUUGCAUAUGAUAAAAAAGGAACUGAACAAAAUGAAAUAUUCUUCAGCAGUUUUUGAGGUGUUGGAAUUUCAAAACGCAGAGCAAAUGAUAUACCAGAUAAUUAGAGAUGCACGCUCCUCUACAAAAGUAUGCUUGUUGUCACAAAACGGAAAGGGAAAGAGUUUCAUUCUAAAUCUCUUAUUGCUUAUGACUGCAGACACUGAUGAAGAAUAUCAGGAAUAUAUCAAAAACAAUGAAGACAUCCUUCCAUUAACACAGGAGCAUCUGAUGGGAAAUGCAGAAAUGAUACCAGAAGUUUUUGCAGAGGAACUUGAAAAGUAUGAAGAUGAAAUUGACAGUGACCACAAGAAAGAGAUAAUUACAAAAAUGAUCCAAAACUGCGAUUAUACAUCAUCAGUUUCAGAGAAUAAGAUGUCAGAAAUGAUCAAAGCUGAAGAGAAGUCAUUUUCUGCUCUAAAACAAUAUUGUAAUGGUCAGAGUCUCAGACACUUUCAAUCCUACUUACUUCCUGAAAAAGGAACAAAGAGAGCUUAUAUGGCAACUACGAAGACUGUUGUGCGUCUCCGUUAUGGGCGGAUUUAUCAAAUGAAAAUUGAAUAUAUGAGCAAAGAAGAUCUUCAAAACCAGCUUUAUGAACUUGUAGAACUUGCAAGAAAUCGUGAAGAAAACAAAAGAAGUGGUAAAGAGGAAAAUAAACAAGAAGAAAGGCAUCAUAUGGCUUUAAAAAAAGGUUUGAGAUUCUUACAAGACAUUUUCAGCAGUGCAGCUUUGAUGAAGAGGAUCUGCUGAAAAUUGAAAAGCCAAAUUGCAUACUUCUGAAUGAAGAAGUAGAUACUUUUGAAGGGAGCACAGCAUAUUUUAUGGGACUUGGAAAAAAUGCAACUGAAGAUCGCCUGUUCAUCAGGGAGAAACUGCGUGAGAUUAUUACUUUGACAAAUGUAUCUGCUGACCAGGAGAAACUUCAAGAAAUGAAAAUUGCAGCAGUGAAGGAAAUAGUAGUCUUUGCUCCCUGCAAACUUCUGUGUGGUGAAAAAGAACUAAUUGAAAUGCCUGG